AUGCUUCUGCCGCAGUUCAGCCCGGCGGAUCUCAGUCUGGAGCCCAAUCCGUUCGAGCAGUCCUUCAGGGGCGCUCCAGAAACACCAGGAGCAACCAGGUUGCCCUCGGUCGCUGCAUUGACGUCAGCUUCAUCUCUCCUGCCCAACAGUAACAUGACGCCGUUCAACUGGGGAGGAGGUUCGCUGUGGACCGGGCCUCUGAGCUCAGGGAUGCUCUCUGAGCAGGCCAAUGUUUACAUUGACGGUACCCCCCACCCUCGUGGCGGUUCCCCUACACCCCACGAGUCCUCUCUAAAUAAGGGCUUGACACCGAGCGGCAGCGAUUCUAUGUUCCCUGCCCAAAGCCCGAAUUUUCAACUUUCUGCUCAACUCGCUAGCGGCGGAGCUACGCCCAGCACUCUCGACUUCCACCGAACUACUAUGAGCGCUGCGGCCAAACGUGAUCAGAACGGUGCUCCUCUGCGAUCACAAGGACAACAACCACCACCUUCGCCUCAGCAACAGCAACCGUCUGUUACCUUUAAACCCCAAGAAAUGCCCAACGGCGCGACCACCGCCAAACCCGAGGCGAAGCCUGCAUCGGGCACUUUUGGCCCCCACAACAACGACGCUGCGAAUGGUCUAUUCAUGUUUGUCCAAGGUAGGAACGGCGCCCAGAGUACAAACCAAUUCGCCGUCACUUCAGGCGCCCCCGGCCACGCUCGCCCUGUCCCCGUCGCUCCACAGAAUAUGAACACUUCGCCGCACAUGUCGAGUGUUAAUGGAGGCUCAAUUGGCUCUGCGCGCGGCAUGAGUGAGGGCAAGGGCAAGAGAAACAUCCCUCCCACCAACGGCCGACGGAAGGCGGAUGAGCCCCCAGCCAAGGCUCCCGCUAAUAAGAAAUCCAAGACCAAUGCUGCUGCUGUCAAUGGUGACAUGGAUUUCUCUGAUGACGAGUCCAAGAUGAAACUGGAGGAGGGCGGAUCCAAGUCAAAGAUGACGGACGAGGAGAAGCGAAAGAACUUUCUCGAACGCAAUCGCGUCGCUGCCCUCAAGUGCCGUCAGAGGAAGAAACGAUGGCCUACCAGCCUGCAGACCAAGGUUGAGAUGUUCAAUACGGAGAACGAUGCCUUGACGGCGCAAGUCACCCAACUCAGAGAAGAGGCGGUCAACCUAAAGACACUUCUUUUUGCCCACAAGGACUAUCCAGUUACGCAUCGGCAUGGUCUCCACGGUGCCUUCGUGUCGCAGGUCAUUGAGCCCAUCAAUUCGCAGAUGAACCCCUAUGGUAUGGCUGCACCGACGCCAAACCAGGUCAUGGCUAGCCAGGGUGUGCAGCGGCGUUUCUCAUAG